ACAGAAAUAGAUGAUUUAUCAUUUGGCUAGCUCUUACAUCUGUAACGUGAGGGGUCGUUGUGUGCUGGUGGAUCACUCUUUAGGAGAAUAACCAUGCAGGAUGGAGACGGAUCACUUUUUAAGCAGCCACUUUACUGUUCUUCUCACUUCAUCAGUUUCACAACAACAACAACAAUAACAACACUCCCUUGUUCCUAACUCACAUGUCGUAGAACUAACCAACCAGAGGCCAGAAGGACCUGGACUAAGGUGUGUGGCAGUGGGAGUGAUACUGGGAAACGUGGGAAACUCCUCUCACAUUCCCAGGACUGAUAAAUACCCACUCCCAGCUUGGCCAGUCACUCAGAGUGAACAUGAGCCUGCAGUGGUGGAUGUUUUUGGCUAUGGAAUGCAUCUUUAUAUGCAUCUCCGGCCAGUCUUUUCCUCAAAGGAGACGGUGUGCUUUCCAAGUGACUCCUCAGAACAACAAAUACACAACUGCUGGCAAUGUGAGCGGGUCGGUGCAGCUCUGUGAGAACACCCAAUGCUGUGUGGGCUAUUUUCUUAUCAUCGAUGGCCAGCCGGAGGUUGACGUUCUCGCUUGUGAUAUCGCUGAAAAGUUUUGCCCGGAUGCAACCUGCAAGGCACAAACACGCCUCAACGGGCGCUUCGUUGUGUGCGUGUGCAACACAGACCUCUGCAAUAGCAACAUCACUUGGACCCCAGAGUUGGAAGAGCCUCGACCCACCUACUCUCAUUUUGUAGCUGCCGUAAUCAUUCUGACUUUGCUAGUCCUGUGCUUCCUGUUGAUCGCUGCAGCCAAAUGGACAAGCCAAUUUACAAAGAAAAAGGAUAAUCCACCCUCCCUUGAUGAUUACAGUGUCUCACGACUGUGUUCCUGCCAAACAACAAAAACCUCUGAGAUCCACAUUGUUGACAUUGCGCUACAGCAGAUUGUGGGCCGUGGGCAUUUUGCAACUGUUUGGCAGGGGAAAUACCAGGGAUCUGUGGUGGCCGUGAAAGUUUUCUCUGCAGGCUGGAAACAUCAAUUUACUGCAGAGAAGGAGGUCUAUGAGCUACCACUGAUGAAGCAUGCUGGGAUUGUCCACUUCCUGGGCUCUGGGAGGAAACCGGAUGGAGGCAGCUGGCUCAUUGUCCUGCAAUUUGCUGAAUGUGGUUCUCUCCACUCCUAUCUGUGUAAACACACCACCAACAGGAUGUUGUCACUGAAGUUGUGCCAGUCUUUAUCGCAGGGACUUUCCUAUCUCCACUCUGACCUUCACAGGCAUGAUGUGCAUAAACCUCCUGUGGCCCACAGAGACUUGAGUAGCUCCAACGUUCUCGUGAAAGCAGAUGGUACCUGUGUCCUGUGUGAUUUUGGAUGCUCAACCAUCCUGCGAUCUUGUUCAGGGCAUCGCCGUUGGCAGAGCCACACAACAAACGGGGAGAGUCAUGCUCAGUUGGGCACGCUGCUCUACAUGCCCCCUGAGAUCCUGGAAGGCUCUGUAAACCUGAGCAGCAGCUGGUGUCUCAUGCAGGGGGACAUCUAUGCUUUGGGACUGCUGCUGUGGGAGAUCUGGAUGCGCUGCUCUGAUUUAUUUGAAGGCGGUGCUGCUCCACAGCAUCUGUUGCCUUAUGAAUCCGAGUUGGGAGCAAAUGUAACACGGGACAGCCUGGUCCAGUACGUGUUCCACAUGGACAAGAGACCCUCCAUACCUAAACACUGGGAACUGCUACCACAGGGAUCUGUGUUGACGGAGCUCCUGACAGAUUGUUGGGACUGUGACGCGGAUGCUCGGCUGACCGCUCAGUGUGUUGUGGACAGAUUAGUCUCUCUUCAGUCUUGUUACUCUCCAUGACUCUUUCCCUUUUUGGGGGUUUGACUUGUUGUAAUCUACAUAUCAAGCAUUUGCACUGUUCGCUUUGUGUCACUAUUGUUUAGCUUUCGGUAUAUCUUUUAUCAACUGUAUAGGUAACCCUUUGUUAAAGUGCUGUAUGUCUUCUUAUUAUUGACUUGGACAUGUUCCCAUUACUCUCUUUCUUUUUAUUAGAUUCUUACUACUGGAUUAAAUUAAUUGUAAUCCAGGUACAUUAUCCAUCCAUCUAUUAUUUGUAACCUCUUAUCCUAUUCAGGUUCACGGUGGGGCAGGAGCCGAUCCCAGCUGACAUUGGGCU